UUACACUUAUAUCACACAUGCACAAUUUCACAUUGCCAUUUAAAGUUUCUAUCAAUUCAUUUGAGCAGUGUCGGAGAAACCCUGCCAAUACGGAUGAUAACUCGAUCUGCAAUAUUGGGCUAAAGAGUUUUCAUUUUAGCUCCACACGCAUCUUCAAGUUUUCAUCUAUCAAUAUAGACUAGAAAUAACCGCAACCGUGUCUUUGGAAGUAACGAUUUAGCAGUGUCAUUUACUAAUGUGUAAAGUUUCAAUACAUUUGUUUUGCAUCAUAGUUUUGGAGCCAUUAAAACCUUGAACAAGGGAAGAUAACUUGGCAGCAAAAUUCUCAAGAGCUGUCUUUCUUGCAGAAGAAGAAGAAAAGGAAGAAGAAGAAGAAAAAGAAAAGAAGAAGAAUCAUAUUGCUUUCUUUAAAUAUCCAAAACUUCUAUUAAUGAUUUUGAAUAUAUUUCGAGAAAUGCACUGAAAAAUUAAUUGCUAUACAUAUUAAAUUAAUGGACUCUAUUAAGUGUCCAAGAGUUAUAAUUAUUGCAAGAUGCACAACUUCAAAUUGCCAUUUAUCAAUGGGCAAUGUUUUUAUUCAAUACUCCGGAUAAAAAUGGACCUUAUAACAUAACAAUUAAAAUUAAUGAUGUAAACUUUAGAAGUUUAAAUAAUAACAUGUUAACUAACGUAUAUGGUAGUUAAUAAUUAUAUCAAAUCAUGUAUAACUCAUCAGCCGCAAGAGCAGUACUUGAGAUUUGUAUUAUGGAUGGUAAUGAUACAUUUCCUGAGUGUAAACAAAGAUAGUGACACUCUCAGUAGUUUAUAAUCCUAACUUUACAUUAUGCUGAACAUAAUUGUACAGUAUUGGUGUCAUGGAAUACAGUUUGAUGAAGUGUUAAUCUAGCUAGACAUACAUGUACAUUAUAACUUGGAAUUAAUACAGAAAUGGCGGGAAAGCCGUACCACUGGCAGAGCCACAAUGUCAAGACCAGUGGUGUCGACGACAUGGUUCUUCUCCAGAAGAUCUCAGAGUCUGGGAUUGUGGACAACCUCAAGAAAAGGUUCAUGGAUGACACCAUUUAUACUUAUAUUGGACCUGUGUUAGUGUCUGUGAACCCAUUCAAGAGUCUGAACAUCUUUGGGGACAAGGAGGUAGACCAGUACCAGGGAGCUGCCCAAUAUGAGAACCCACCGCAUGUGUUUGCCCUCACUGACAACAUGUACCGUAACAUGAUGAUAGACAUGGAGAACCAGUGUGUCAUUAUCAGUGGAGAGAGUGGGGCUGGGAAGACCGUGGCGGCCAAGUUCAUCAUGAGCUACAUAUCCAAGGUUUCAGGGGGCGGGGCUACUGUACAGAGAGUAAAAGACAUUAUUUUAGAAUCGAACCCGUUGUUGGAAGCCUUUGGAAAUGCAAAGACAGUUAGGAACAACAAUUCCAGUAGAUUUGGAAAGUAUGUGGAGAUACAAUUCAGCCGUGGAGGGGAACCAGACGGGGGCAGAAUCUCAAACUUCCUGCUCGAAAAGUCGCGAGUAGUGAGUCAAAACAUGGAGGAGAGAAACUUCCACAUCUUCUACCAGCUGUGUUCAGGGACCGACAAGGCACAGAAAGAGCAGAUGGGUAUAGCUGGUCCAGAGUACUACUGCUACCUGAACCAGACCGGGGCAUACACGGUGGACGGUGUAGAUGAUGCACAGGAGCUCAGGGACACUCUCCAUGCUAUGCAAGUGGUGGGGCUGGAUGAAAGUACGCGGGAUGAUGUGCUGUCACUGGUCUCAGGAAUUCUCCAUCUAGGAAACAUCGCUUUCGUAGAGAAUGGAAACUAUGCUGCUAUAGCUGACACUGGAUUCCUAGAUUUUCCUGCGUUUCUUCUGGGUAUAAAUACGGAGCUGCUGCAGACUAAGAUAACCAGUCGGAAGAUGGACAGCAAGUGGGGAGGCAAGACAGAGAGCAUCGAGGUGACCCUGAACGUGGAGCAGGCAGAGUUUACUCGAGACGCGCUUGCUAAGGCUCUCUAUUCCCGCAUGUUUGACUUCCUAGUCCAGUCGGUGAACAAAGCUAUGCGUAAGGAGACGGAGGAGAUUAAUGUAGGAAUCCUGGACAUCUAUGGCUUUGAGAUUUUCGAAAAAAACGGCUUUGAACAAUUUUGUAUUAAUUAUGUGAAUGAGAAACUUCAACAGAUCUUCAUUGAACUUACAUUGAAGGCUGAACAGGAAGAGUAUGUCCAGGAAGGGAUCAAGUGGACGCCCAUCGACUACUUCAACAACAAGAUUGUAUGUGACCUGAUUGAGAGCAAGAAUCCUGUGGGUAUCAUGUGCGUGCUGGAUGAUGUGUGUGCGACAAUGCAUGCUGUGUCAGAGGGUGCAGACAUGACAUUAAUUCAGAAACUGGGGGCAGCAGUUGGUAGCCAUGAGCACUACAAUGGUUCCAACAUCGGCUUCGUGCUUCACCACUACGCCGGCAAGGUGGAGUAUUAUGCCACAGGGUUUUGUGAACGCAACCGAGAUGUGCUCUUCGCUGACCUUAUACAACUCAUGCAGUCCAGUGAAAAUGACUUCAUUGUAAGGUUGUUCCCGGAAGAUGUAGCUAAAGCAAGUAAGGGAAGACCCUCAACAGCUUCAGUUAAAAUCAAGACGCAGGCCAACCGCCUGGUAGAAACACUGAUGAAAUGUACGCCUCAUUACAUUCGCUGUAUCAAACCUAACGAGACCAAACGAGCACGAGAUUUUGAAGACAGCAGAGUGAAACAUCAAGUGGAGUACUUAGGCCUGAAAGAGAACAUCCGAGUCCGCAGAGCUGGCUUUGCCUUUAGAAGAGAGUUUCCUAAGUUCAUGAGAAGAUACGCCAUCUUGACACGAGAAACGUGGCCGCGGUGGGAAGGGGAGAUUACACGGGGAGUACACCAUCUUAUGUCCUGUGUUAACAUGGACCCGGACCAGUACCAGCUCGGAGCUUCCAAAGUCUUCAUCAAAAAUCCUGAAUCUCUAUUUCUGCUGGAGGAGAUGCGUGAGAGGAAGUUUGAUGGGUACGCGCGAAUCAUCCAGAAGGUAUGGAGGAAGCAUCACGCCCAACAACAGUACUUCAAACAGAAAGAGGAAGCCUCAGACAUACUGCUGAACAGGAAGGAACGGAGACGUUUUAGUAUCAACCGUAACUUCAUUGGUGAUUACAUUGGAAUGGAGGAAAACCCAGCACUGAGAGCUCUUGUUGGAAAACGAGAACGCAUUGAGUUUGCAGAUACUGUCAACAAGUAUGACAGAAGAUUUAAGUCCACAAAGCGUGACAUUCUACUGACACCACAAAAUAUCUACCUUAUAGGGAGAGAGAAGGUGAAAAAGGGGCCACAGAAAGGGCAGUUUGUUGAAGUUGUGAAGAGGAAACUCCCUCUAGAACAGGUCCAAUCUAUAGCAUUCAGUACUAUGCAAGAUGACUUGAUGGUCCUGCAUAUACAGAAUGACUACGCCAGUGUGUUGGAGUCCGUCUUCAAGACUGAGUUUCUCUCAUUGCUCACAAAACGAUACAAGGACAAGACAGGGAAAGAUCUGAGACUACAAUUUUCUGACAGUAUUGACUUUGCUGUGAAGAAGGAGGGCUGGGGAGGUGGCGGGUCACGCAUGAUUAAGUUCCAGAGAGGCAGUGGUGACGUCCCUGUGUUGAAAGCCUCCGGCAAAAAUCUCGUAGUCUCCAUAGGACCAGGUCUGCCUAAAGACUCCAGGCCACGGAGGACAAUUGUUUCUGUCAGCAACGGGAAAUCAGGGAACCGCCGCCCAUCGAGAACUGCCCCGUCACGCCCUGCUCCGUCCUUUGCGGCACCCGCCAUUCCAACCAACCAACCCCCAGGGAGAAGGAUGUCGAAGCAGCGAAGUGUUGAUAAAAUGCCGUCUCUACCAAGAGAGGGUGGCCAUAACAUGGCCAAGAAGAUUCAUAAUGCUGUACAGCAUAGAAAUAAUGACUUCAUGAAAGUCCCAGAUUCAGGACAGUCAGGAGCUCAGCGUCACAGACUUAGUGGAGUAAAGCCGAAGCCAGGGGCUGGCCGUCCAAAGCCCACCCCGAAACCGAAGCCUGCAUCUUUACCACAGUGUAGAACUUUGUAUGCAUAUGAUGCUCAGGACACGGAUGAACUCAGUUUUAAUGAGGGAGAAAUUAUCGACAUUGUUAAAGAAGAUCCUGCUGGCUGGUGGACUGGACGGCUUAGAGGAAGAGAUGGACUGUUUCCAGCAAACUAUGCAGAGAAAAUAUGAAAUCUCAUCUUGGGUCUCAUUUGUAACUUUAACCGCUGCUUCACUCGUAAACUCCACAAUACUAAUAUCAUGACAGUUCCCACAGUUUUCUGUGAUUCAUGACAUUUGAUAACUUGUCUCAUAGUGUUAUGAUUGUUAUAUAAUUAUAGACUCUGGUGUUGACUCGUUUGCAGACAUGCUGAUAAUUGUCAUGUUUGCUUACAUUAUUACGGCUUUGUUUUUUGUUGAUGGUUUUCUUUCCAAGGGUUAUUGGCCAAUAUGUAAUCAGUUAAGCUUAUACAUCUGUGUCAUUUAAAUGAUGUCACCACAUGGAUGUAUAUGAAUAACAUUUGCUUUGUUUAAUAAAGCUUUCUAAAUGAAAGAGGGAGUGAGUGGUCAGGUGGUAUAGGUAUCGGCCUCUUACUGAAGAUGUUUGAACACCACCAAGGGUACUUUCUCAUGCCUUCUCAAAAUGGAGACCAGUACUGGUUUCUACCCAGGAAAUAGAAUUGAGAGUUAUUUAUAAGCUAUAUAUUAGCUUCCAUCAUAAUGGAGCUGAAAGAAACAAGUAUAAACUAAAAUAUAUGUAUAUUCAUCACAAUUCCAAAUGAACAAAAGUCAAUGAAUAUUUUUCAUGAAAAUUGUAUGUGUUUGUUUACCUUCUGAAUAUUAGCUCACACUUUUUGUGUACUGAAUGCAAUACAAAAAAUAAUGGACUUCAUACACUGUAAAGUGUUCAAGUUUUACAUUUAGAAUUUUAUACGAUAUCGAAAUGUACCAGACUGUAUAUGUUUGUACUGUCCAACAUGUAUGGCAAAUAGUUAUUAUACUGAUCAGAUAGUUCAGUAUUGUUCUCUGUCAUAACUUAGUAUUCAGUCUUAUGCCUCUGUCAAUGGGAUCUCUGGACAGAUUCACAUCAUUUAAUCAUUUAGAAGAGCUCUGAUAACCAAAAACUACCAAAUUUCCAUUCAGUAAUGAAAACAACCGCCAAAUUUCCAUUCAGUAAUGAAAACAACCGCCAGAUUUCCAUUCAGUAACGAAAACGACCGCCAAAUUUCCAUUUAGUUAUUCAAGGGUUUUAUUAAGCAAGUUAUUUGGAAUCUCAUGCAUGUGUACUGGCUAGUUUAGAGGCCUUUGGGGGGCAUUACGUGCUGAACACUAAGAAAGUUAGCAUUGAUAUUUUGGUCUACUAAACGAUUACUUACAUAUACCUUAGUUAUAGAUAUACAUUUAUACAAAAUAUAUUUUCAUAGCAAAUGAUUGCCUUAAUGCUAGGUUUAUGCAUUUUAUAGAAUUGUAGACUUUUAUAGAAUUGUAGACUGCUGCAUUUAUAUUUGGUGGGAGUUUGUCAAUACUUUAUUAAUCUGUUGUCUUCUUACUUCUGUGAUUAUGCACUUGUUAAUGUUUGAUAUUUUAUUAAAUACCAAAUGUGUUAUAUGUGAACCACCUGAAUCAAUACCGUUUGUUGCAACUUUUUUUGUAUUACUACAUAGUCCCAGUAUGAUGUCCGAACAAAUGUGUGUGAUUAAAUUAUACCCCCACAAAGCAAAGUUUUGGUUGGGGUCUUCAGGAGUUAGUUUUUCGGUUGGUUGUUUUUUUACCGUUUCACUUUGACAACUCAUGAAAGGGUCGAUGAAUAACAACUUGUAAUAUUGGUCAAGUUCGACUUUGCUUACAAUUUUUUUUUUUUAGAGUUUAGCCGCUUUUCAGCUUAGUUAGCCAAAAAAUUGAUUUCAGGGUCAUUGCUCAUGAAACAGUUGAUGAAUUAAAACCGUUAUUGCAACACAUGUUGAACACCAUGUAAUACAGGUCAAGUUUGACUAGGCUUAAACAUUUUUUUCAUGAAUUUUAGCCGCUUUUCAGCUUAGUUGCCAAAAAUUUGGUUUCCAGGCAAUUACUUGUGAAGCAUUCAAUAGAUUAAAAGAGUUAUUGCUACACAUGUUUAACACCAUAAAAUAUAGGUCAAAUACAACUUGGGUUACAAGCUACCCUCUUCAAAAAUGGUGUCCAGUUAAUAACUUGUAAAAGGGUUGACAGAUUUAUAUAAUUUUACUCCAUAAUAUAAUUGUUUGGCUAUAGUAACAAUCUACCGAAUUUUGACGGAGUUAUGGCCACUUUCAACUUAAAAAUUUGUCAAAAAUACAUUGCCCGAUCAGUAACUCAUGAAAGGUUGAACUGAGUUAUCGCCCCUUUUCAAAGAAAUAGUUUACCAUUUCUGUGUCCAUGGGGUAUAUGUGGGUAUUUAUCACUCGAGUUGAUUGUUUCAUUUAUGCUAUUUUUUCUCACAAACAUUCCUACUUGCGUAAAUAUUAAAGUGUUGCUUCAGGUUCUUGUUCAACUCUUGUGUAACUGAAUUAUUUUAUUCAAUUAGUCUAGUCAGUUGUAUCUGAGUAACAACAUCUUUUUAAGCAUGUUGGUAGCUUAUUACAACAUGUUUGUCAUACUUAUUGACAGUGGAGACUAUUGGUGUCCACUGUUCACACAAUUUAUUACUCAAAUAAUGGCUUUUACGCAAGAUAAUGUUUUUAAACGGUUUUUAAGUUUCUUCAUUAUAUCGCUGCUCUUAGAUUAUCAAAUAUUUCUUUACCAAAUAUAUUUGAACGUGUAUGAGAUUAAACAAUGAAAUUUGA